AUGUUGAUUUCAAAGGAUAUCAGUGAAGAAAUUCUGUCAAAGCCAAAAUGUGAUGAGUUCUCUCUACACUUAUUAGUUGUGGUAAAAGCAUCAAAAAUUGUCUUCAUGCCACAAAGUAUGAAAUUUGAAUUUUCCUUACACCAACCAAAAAAGGAUUGUACAUCUAACAACCAACAUGGAAAUUUAAUCGAUAAUGCAGCAAAACAAUUACUGGAGAUCAACCAAAUAGUUCCCUCAUAUCCUCCUUAUAAAUUUCCAGCUAUUUUUCAGAGCGUGAACCGGAGACAGAAAAAGAUUAGGUUUCUACAGAGAGAGGAUAAACAAUACACAGACAGAAAAUUACUUAAGAAAAGGAGAAGGUUUCUACUCAAAGAAUCACCAAUUCUAAUUACUAUGAACAAUUCUGUGGUUGAUCUUAGAAGGCUGCAGUAUGAUGAUAGGAAUGACAACUGGAAGAAACUUUAUGAGAUACAAAGACAGAGGAAAAAGUUAAUGCAAGACAUCUGCUCAAAAUAUAAAAGUAAUGGUAGGAGAAUUAUAACCCCUUAUCAUGUUUCACGAAUUUUUGUAGAAGAUAAACACAAAAUUUUGUAUUGUGAGGUACCAAAAGCUGGUUGCUCAAACUGGAAACGUGUUUUGAUGGUCCUAAAUGGAUUAGCCGCUUCCACCAAGGAAAUACAACACAAUACUGUACACUAUGGAAAUUAUUUGAAGCGUCUUGACAGCUUUGAUCGAAAUGGGAUCUUUCAUAGACUCAAUACUUAUACUAAGAUGAUAUUUGUUCGGGAACCUUUUGAACGUCUUGUAUCAGCUUUUCGGGAUAAAUUUGAGCAUGCUAAUAAUUAUUACCAUCCAGUUUUUGGUAAAGCCAUCAUUUCUAGGUAUCGCAGAAAUGCCACAAAAGAAGCAUUAAGGACAGGAUCAGGAGUCCAUUUUAAGGAGUUUAUUCAAUACCUUCUUGAUGUCCAUCGUCCGGUGGGCAUGGACAUCCAUUGGGACCAUGUAAGCCGACUUUGUAGCCCCUGUUUGAUAGACUAUGAUUUUAUUGGUAAAUUUGAAAGUAUGGAAGAAGAUGCAAAUUUUCUUCUACAUCUUAUUGGGGCACCAAAAAACUUGACAUUUCCAAAAUUUAAGGAUAGGCAUUCUAAUGAGGAACGGACAACUAAUAAAAUUACUCAGCAAUACUUUGCACAGCUGUCUCCUUCAGAAAGACAGCGCACCUAUGACUUUUAUUAUAUGGACUAUCAGAUGUUUAAUUAUUCAAAACCUUUUGAAGACUUGUACUAAGUGCAUGAAAUAUUUUGUAUAAAAUAUCCAGGUUUUUUAUUGUUGGCAUCCAAUAUCUUCAACCCACACAGAGACCUCUGCUCAUUUUAAAACAAACUCCAUUAAAAGUAAUAAGCAUAUCACAAUUGAAAUGUUUAAUUAGUUAUUGAAGGCAUUUGGUAUACAGAUGCAUAGAUUACUGGCCAUGUGUCAAAUGCUGCAAAUUAGUAGAUUGGAUCAGCCACAGUACUGUGUAAUUAUUGCAAACUGAGAAUAAGUAAUGAUAGGGAGUUACUUAUUUCUGAUUUUUACAUAGUAGCUUAGAGUGCACAGUUAU